UGGUGAGUUGAAAUUAAAAAUUUCAACAUCAAUAUCUUGUUUAUGAGCCUCUCAAAGAAUAAUAAAACUUGUCAAAAAAACAUCGCAUUUCUUUUAGUCAUCCAACGCAGUGAAUCAUUUUCCUUUUGCAUGUUUACACAUUGCAUAUCGACCAUAAGAAAUUGUCUUUCAUACAAGCUAGUGCCCCGAUACUCUUCAAGAUUCCUAGUGGGGUUCCUCACUCUCUCAAGUGUUUAUUAACUACUGUGAAGUAUGUGGAGCCAAGUUUCAUGGUCAAAGUUCCGAUGGAUUUCGAGAUAUUAGGUCAUGAGAAUGAUUUAUAUAUCUCACAAGAAGAUAUAGUCCACUUUGGCUUAAUCGAGGAGAUUGGAGCAUCAUGUAUAUCGUUAUAUAUCAGGAUUUUAUACUUCCAAUUAGUGAAAAGAGAGAUCAGUCACUUUUUUCGUUUUGUUGAGCCAAUUUGGUUAUCAAAUGUUGGAUCUACUGAAGAAGAACGAGUUGAAUGGAUAUCAAAGCGUAUGAUCCAGGUCAAAUGUGGUUGUUGCCGUAUCAUAAGGGAAAUCAUUGGAUGCUUAUAAUAAUGGAUUUUGAUCACCAAUUGUGCUAUUUCCUGGAUUCUCUUGACAAUUUUCCACCAGAUGAAAUCAAAUCU